AUGGGCUCGAUCAGGAGGCGGGAGUACGCUUACGACGCCGACGACGAGGACGAUUUCUACAUCCGGAACGAUGAUGACCUUCUAGAGGCCCCGACCCUCACCAGUGAGCAAAUGGCGCGCGCCAGGGAGGAAGCUCUGUACGUGCUGAAAACCAAGUCCCCUGAAGAGGCUUUCAAGAUUUUCACCGAGGGUUCCUAUUACAAAAUUGAUGGUCCGCCACUGGCACCGGAGAAGGAGGACAAGGCCCCGACCACCGCAACGCCUCCAACAGCCACCGCCAAUGUGAAGGAGCAGCCCCAGACCACCGUGCCGCCAUCAGGAAAGUGA